UUUUUGUCGCGCAGUUGGAUAAGCUUCAAACGUACGCGCAUCAGCAUUGUAAUUUUAAUUCAUCAUACGCUCGGUUGGGUAAGUCUCAAAGUUCGAACAUAUCCGACCGCAGUGAGCAGUCCACCUCAGCGCGCAGCCCGGGCCAAGUGGCUGACGGCCGGGCACACCUCAGGAGCCACGGCACUACAGUGACCACCACCUUCCGUCGUGACCACGCCACGUCUCGCCCAUGCAGGGACACACUGCCACGGCCUCCCACGUCGCGCCGCUCAGACCACCCCCUGCCGCCCUGCCUAGCUGCUUAUCAAGCGCCCAAGCGCUCUACCGCUUCGCAAACCACAGCUCGCGCGAGGAAGGGGCAACGAAAUACUGUAGCUAACUGGGGACAUGGCGGUGGCGACUGCUCGGUGGCUCGUUCUGCUGCUGGCCAUCUCGGCCGCGGCCGCGACCGCGGCGAACGAAAGAUGGAGGCAGAGCGCUGCGGUCGGUGGCCAGGUGGUGGAGAAGGAGAGGCGGAGGGUGGUGGCCGCUAGCGAGGCCGGCACGGUCAUGGCCGUGGACGUCGCCGACGCGGCGGGCACCGCGUACCAGCUGCACUUCAUCACGAUGGAUCCCGGCGCACUAUUCCUGCCCGUGCAGCUGCACGCCGACAUGGUGUUCUACGUUCACAGCGGGCGGGGUAAGAUUACUUACAUAGAAGAAGGGAACAGUGAACAAAGUUCCCUGGAAGUUGAGCGGGGAGACGUCUACAACUUGGAGCAGGGAACCAUCUUGUACAUCCAGAGCUACCCCAACGCCACGAGACAGCGUCUUCGGAUCUAUGCCAUCUUUACUAGCGAGGGCAUCAACGCAGAUGACCCCUCGAAGCCGACGGUGGAAGCCUAUUCCAGCGUCAGUAACCUGCUCAAAGGAUUCGACGUAGAAGUUCUUCGGCUGGGUUUUGGGGUUCAACGAGAAGUAGCGGAAGCGAUCAAAUCGGCGACGAGACCGCCAUCGAUCAUACCUUACAACCCGGAGGAGAAAGGGGACAAGAAGUCGGACUGGAGGGAGGACAUCGUUGAUGCGCUGUUGGGAGUCCGAGACCCGGAGGAGUUCCUGAACAAGAAAAAGGACAAGCACAAGGGCAAGGGCAAGAAGUCCAAGAGCAAGGCUUUCAACUUCUACUCCGGCAAGCCUGACGUCCAGAACUGCUACGGGUGGAGCCGGUCGAUGACCAGCGAGGACCUCGACACUCUGCACGGUUCCAACAUCGGCAUGUUCAUGGUGAACCUGACCACGGGCUCCAUGAUGGGCCCUCACUGGAACCCGAAGGCGACAGAGAUCGCCAUCGUGACCGACGGGGAAGGGAUCGUGCAGACGGUUUGCCCGAGCAGCAGCCCGUCGGGCGAGAGCAGAAGAGGCUGCCAUGGCCAUGGGUGGGCUGAACCGGGUGGCCGCGGCGAUGACAGAGGCCCCCGGUGCCGGAACUCAGUGUUCCGGGUGAAGGAAGGCGACGUGUUCGUGGGGCCGAGGUUCCACCCGAUGGCGCAAAUGUCAUUCAACAACGACUCGUUCGUGUUCGUCGGGUUCAACACCGACAUGGGGCAGAACCACCCGCAGUUCCUAGCCGGGAAGCGAUCGGUGCUGCAGGCCAUCGACAAGGAGGUAUUGGCCAUGUCACUGGGCCAGGCGAACUCGUCGGCCGUGGAGCAGCUGCUGUCAGCGCAACGCGACUCGACCAUUCUUUCGUGCAUUUCAUGCGCCGAGGAGCUGGAGCAGAAGGCGGAAGAGGAGCAGAGACGGCGGGAGGAGGAGGAAGGGGGUGGGAAGGGACCGGGAAAGCGAGAGGAGGAAGAGAGGAGGGGAGAACAGGAGGAAAGGGAGAGGAGGGAGCGAGAGGAGGAACAAAGGAGGGAGGAGGAAGAGAGGGCAAGGAGGGAGCAUGAGCAGCAGAGGAGGGAGGAGGAAGAGCGAGCUAGAAGAGAGCAAGAGGAGCAGCAGAGGAGGGAGGAGGAAGAGAGGGCAAGAAGAGAGGAAGAGGAGCAGCAAAGGAGGGAGGAGGAAGAGAGGACAAGGAGAGAGAAAGAGGAGCGAAGGCAGCGGGAGGAGGAAGAGAGGGUAAGGAGAGAGAAAGAGGAGCGAAGGCAGCGGGAGGAGGAAGAAAGGGCAAGGAGAGAGCAAGAAGAGGAAGAGAGGGAGGAGGAAGAGGGUGGUGGUGAUGAGCCAAAAAGGGAAGAAGAGGAAGAGGAAGGUGACGAGCCGUCGUAUCACUUGUCCAAGUAACUGAAGAAGCUCUAUAGUGCUAGUAAGGGCGGCGUGUUCAGGAGUGGCCGAGCAGUGUUCUAUAGGGCCGCCGCGCCGUACAAAUAAUGGAGGCCUCCAGUCGCAUAGAGGGCCAGUCACCUCCACUCGCAUAGAGGGCCAGUGGACUUGUGUAGCUCGUUAUGUGUUCACUGCAUUGUUCUGUACCCGCUAAACUAUGCUGCUAGUGUAUAAGCGUACCUACUUGCAUGAUCCCGCUUGUAUGAAAUGUACCGUAAAUGAGCAAAUAAGUUUUCAGA